AUGGAUAUCUCCAACAUAGCUAGAAAGCUUGAUCUCUCUAACAACAAUCUAGUUGUCCGAAAAGCUGCAGAGAUUCGCCGUCUUUGCGAUGCUCAAUUCGAUUCAUCCAUCAUCGGCGUUGGUGAGAUCUGUAAAACUGUGAUAUGUCUCGAAAUCGCAGCGUCUCGGUUGCAGGUUAUUUUCGACAGACCAGCAGCGGUUAAGUUGAGUGGGAUGUCUGAAAAGGCGUACACGAGAUCAUUCAAUAGUCUCCAAAACGUUAUUGGGUUCAAGAUUAAGCUCAAUAUUAAAGAACUGGCAAUUCAAUUUGGAUGUGUUAGGAUAAUCAAAUCCGUGCAAACUAUGUUAUCUUCUUAUAAGGAGAGGUUUCUUGCAUCACUACCAGCAUCAAGACGGGGUAAUGCUGACUUCACUAGACCUGUAUUUACAGCUGCUGCUUUCUUUCUUUGUGCUAAAAAGCAGAAGCUUAAGGUUGAUAAGCUUAGGUUGAUCGAGGUUUGUGGAACAUCAGAAUCUGAAUUCUCUUGUGUCUCAACCUCCAUGACAGACCUUUGCUUUGACUGUGUUGGUGUCUCUAAAGAAAAGAAAGAUGCAAAAGACGUUAAAGGAAAUCGAGAGUUGCUUGAUGUGUUACCUCGAAAGAGGAGACUAGAGGAUGGUGGAUACUCAUCUGAUGAUGAGUCUUCUUGUUACAAAAGACACAAGAAGAUGGAGGAGGCUAAGUACGAAGAUUGGAAAUCAACUGUUGUCGAUUCGAUCAAAAAGAAUCCAGAGAAAGGAGCUAAGAAAGUUAUACAGACCAGUCUCAGCUUCUUAAAGAAGGAUGAGACAAAAGAGUUGCAAGUUGAUUCAUAGCCUUUCAUUGCUAAGACUCUAUAGAAAAUUCAAGUUCUUGUUGGUUUAACUUUACAUCACCAUGAAAGAAAAUGUGUAAAUGACAAUUCUUGAAAAGAAAAGUUUGUCCCCCAAACAAUUUUACUCAAUACCAA